AUGGAUGCGCCGCAAGGGGAGGUUCCACCCCAUCAGCGCGCUGAUUCAGACCCCGCCGCCCAAUGCGCGGCGGAGCCUGCCGUGCCCAUCACCCAGGCCUCCGUGGACCCCUCCACCCAGGCCUCCCAGGAGCCAGGCCCCUCCUCCUGCCCCAGCCCCGGCGGCGGCGCCGCCAUCCCCGCCCACCUACCCCUCCUCCUCCCCGACCGCCCGCCCACCAACAAGUUCCUGCUGGAGCUGGGCCCCGUGAAGGGCCGUGCCGGCAACCUCCGCGCCACCGACCUGUCGGGCGACUCCGGCGCCAUUGGGCGGCUGAACGCGGUCGGCCCCAAGGACGAGCCCCGCCUCCAGAUCGACCUCAAGGGGGUGCUGUACGACGCCGGGGCCGUGGCCUGCCCCAUGACGCUGGCCGUGCUGAAUGUUGGCAGCGCCGACGCCAGGCUGGAGUGCCUGUUCCAGGAGUGCAUCCAGAUGCGGUGA